AUGGAGUUUCCCUUGGAUAUGAUAGACGAUUUGAAGAAUAAGACAAAUAUUAAAGUAAUCAUUCAUGGAUUUACCGGAAAUCGUUUUCAUAGUUCCAUAAGACCACUUGACCAAGCCUACAUGGCCCAGGGAAUAGACAACGUUUUCCUUGUUGAUUGGAGAGAUGCUGCAAAGCUGGACUACUAUACUUCACGAAAAGCUGUUAAUGCUGUGGGAAAAUACUUAGGCGAAAUGCUGGAAAAGUUUAUCGCGAAACAUGGAAUAACGCUAUCCGAAGUUCAUAUAAUUGGCCAUAGUCUGGGAGCCCAUAUAGCAGGAAAUAUUGGACGACAUUUUAAUGGAUCACUGGGAAGGGUGACAGGCCUGGAUCCGGCAUUGCCGUUGUUUUUCCCGAAUUCGCCAGAUAGUUUGCAAGAGAACGCAGCCAUGUUUGUUGACGUCAUUCACACAGAUUAUCCUGUUUUUGGCGACAUAACACCUCGAGGUACUGCUGAUUUUUAUCCCAACUUUGGCUAUACCCCUCAGCGCGGUUGUGAAAGUGUUGAUAUUGUAGCUGCCAGUAAGUUAAUUGUCGAUGCCUAUAGUUGUAGUCAUAAUCGCGCUGUUACACUUUAUGCCGAAUCCAUUGGCCUGGCCAAAAAUUUUCCUUCAAUUCCUUGUUCAUUAAAGGCUAUAAGAAUGCAUUCGUCUUCAAAGUGUUUGGACACUGCCGCAAAGAUUUCAGUGAUCGAUGAUGUGGGCGAUGGUGUCGUAUAUAUGGGUGAAUAUGUUUCUAUCAGUGCAAGUGGCAUAUUCUACUUAUCUACAUAUGGAGCGCCACCUUUUGGUGUCGGAAUGUACACACCAAUGAAUGGAUAG